AUGACUAUAGUCAAUAAGUCGAAAUCCAAGAAACCUAAGAAACCAUCACCCAAGCAGUCUGGUACAUCCAAGAAACCCUGUACUAAAAAAAUGACAUCACGCACUGCGAAUAUCAGGCGGGUACCGCCUGCAGACAACCCAAAAAAAGUUGCUGCCAUUGAAGGACCAGGAGGUGCUAUUUUUUGUAGAACAGCUGAAAAACCUAAGCGGUUUGGCCAGAGAGAUCUGAUUGUUAAUGACGGAAUUGCACCACCUCAGCGGAUUCUCUUCCCACCAGAAAAGAUCUGUUUGGAUUGGAAACCGACACAAAAUGUUGGCGUCGGGCUUCAAAAUCUUGGCAACACGUGUUUCCUGAAUUCCACCUUGCAAUGCUUGACAUACACACCUCCACUUGCAAACUAUAUGUUAUCCCUGGAGCAUACACGGUCAUGUCGUGUGGAAGGAUUUUGUAUGAUGUGUACCAUGGAGACACAUGUUAACCAGGUCCUCUGUUUUGCUCAUAGUGCCGUCAAGCCUACAUCUGUGAUCAAUUGCCUUAAAAGAAUAGGAAAACAUUUCCGUUUUGGGAGUCAAGAGGAUGCACAUGAGUUCUUGUGCUUCACCGUUGAUGCGUUGCAGAAAGCUUGCCUAAAUGGAAGCACAAAAUUGGACAGAUCCUCUCAAGCGACCACUCUUAUUUAUCAAAUCUUUGGAGGAUACCUAAGAUCCCGAGUGAAAUGCUUGAGCUGCAAAGCUGUCUCAGAUACAUAUGAGCCAUUUCUUGAUAUUACAUUGGAUAUAAAGGCAGUUACAUCUGUUACCAGAGCCCUCGAACAAUUUGUAAAACCAGAACAGCUCGAUGGUGAAAAUAGCUACAAGUGUAGCAAGUGCAAAAAUAUGGUCCCUGCAUCGAAGAGGUACACGAUACAUCGUUCAUCUAAUGUCCUUACAAUAUCGCUGAAAAGAUUUGCAAAUUUUACAGGUGGAAAGAUCAACAAGGAUGUAAAAUAUCCUGAAUAUCUCAACCUUCGGGCUUAUAUGUCUCAGUCAACGGGAGAACCACUGAUCUAUGCGUUAUAUGCCGUGCUUGUACACAGUGGCUUCAGCUGCAAUGCUGGGCAUUAUCUUUGCUUUAUAAAGGCUGGAAAUGGACUUUGGUAUAGGAUGAAUGACGCCACGGUAGAGCUUUCCGAUAUUGAAACAGUGCUUAAUCAGCAAGCCUACGUACUUUUUUACAUCAGGCGCUAUGAUUUGACUCUUGCGGAGCGUGCGUUUUACCUACCAGCGCCAUCUUACCCUGGCUCAUUCCUUGGUCAGCAAGGGACUAACAACAAGCAGUCUGGGUGCAUGAGCCCACGGCUUCCUCCGUUUACGAUUAAGAAUUCAAGUCACUUGAAUGGCAACGGGCCACUAAAAGAGGAGCCAGGUACCGUUGAUAUCACCCUAAAAAGGCCGUCGUCAGCUCCACCAACAGCUUGCAUUCAAAACUGGGCGAUAACAAGGCCUUCUAUAACGGAUCCGUCGAAGACACACAAAAUCACCAUCAGUAUUCACAACAAACAGCGCGCGUGCCAGACUGUGUCACAGACAGAUUGUCUCACCAGUGCUGUGGAGGAUGAAGAUACAAGCAAGCCUGGCCCUUCAUCCACCGUUACAAAUAGUUCUGCAGCGGAGUCUACCUCAAAUACAUCUACAGUGUCAGCUGCUAUGAACCUUUCCAAACAGGACAUUCCUAGUGUUCCUUUUGUUGAGCCCGUAGUGAAUGGUCAUCCCAAACUUGGCUCAGAUAAUGCAGUCCUUGGUGGUGCAGAAUCUUCACGGAAAGCUGAAGAGUCGCAGGGCUUGCUCAGAAGGAAUCGCACCGUAGCGUCUACUAGCAGGGUUGUGAUGGGAACAGUGGUCCACACAUUGCAGAAUUCCAAUUUGUCACAUCAGAAUGCUGAAGAGGAAAGAACCCAGUUGCCAGAAAAUGAACUGCUAAGUGAUGCUAUUAGUUUUGAUGAACUGUUAGAAGAAAAUGAACUGCUUGAAACACUGCCUGGACUUUUGUCACCACAUCCACCAGAAAUAAACUUCGAAUCUGUCACGUACAGCCAGGUCAACCACUUGUCAGAGGAAAUAAGUGUCCCUGGACCCCAGAAAUGUUCAGACGAUGACAGUCUUAUAGAAAGUGUCAUAAUGAACGCAUUGCUUGCCUACGAAGAGGCCAGAAAGGUUCCUUGCAACUUCAGCAGUGAAGUUGAGAAAUUUUUUGUUCAAUCAGAUUUUGGAAACCUCUCUGCCAAAGAAAAAUUUUCCGAAAUCAUUAUAACAAAUGCUGACAGUGUGCAUCCCCAAAUCAACGGGCAGCAUAAGAUAGGUAAAAAAUCCUUGGAUACUGAAAAUGGAUUCUUGGGGCAAUGCGAAUCUGAAGAUGAUAAAGGCAAAGACGAAAAAAGAUCAAAAGAACCCAAACUGAUUUCAAAAGAAAAUCUGUUGUACAACAAAGACUCUGCUGAGACCAGAGAGAAAUUAGAACAAACUUCACCCGUGAAGUCUGACACUGACAGUUCUAAAAACCUUGUGUCUCCAGAUCUCACAGAUAAAUGCCAAGAUGGAAAGGGCAUUUUGAACAACUACAUUCAUGUUCCACCUGUUAACGAGUCCUCUAUUACAAAGCUGGAUAAAGUUUUAGAAAGCCAGUUUUCUAGGCAAAAAGAAGGUCUGGGUAAUAGAAAAUCCGAAGAAGACAGACAUAGGAAAAAAUAUAAGGAAAAAACAUAUGACUAUAAAAAACCUGAGAAAGACCACUACCGAAAAAAGAGGGAGAAUUCAGACAGUGAAGAGAAGGAAAAGCAAAAUAGGAGCAAAACAGAAGAUCAUUCCAACAAGAGUCAGUGCUUUCGCACUGGGGAAACAAAUGAGCAAAAUCGUCCGAGGCAGGAAUAUCGCAGUGUUAGCAAGUACCAAUAUUUUCAGAACGAAAGAACCGUUCCAAAUAAUGGCAAGACCUCGGGAAAAUAUUAUCACUAUCAAUCAAGGAGCAGAGAGAGAAUGGAGCUGGAGAGAAAGAAGUAUAAUGAUUCCAAAGGAGAGAGAAUAUGGAUCCGGGAGAGGUAUUAUUCAGAAGAAAUACGGAGGCGGGAAAAAUGUCGCUACUACUAUGAUUAUUAUUCAUCCCAUGGAUCAAGAGAGAGGAAGUCCUCUUACUGUGAUAAAGACCUUGACAAGUUGGGUAUGCCUUACAAUAAUAGGUCGUCCUAUAAGGAUUAUCGUUCUAGAAGCAGAAGGUCUCAGAACUCACUGGCUAGAGAGGAAGAUGGACAUCAACUCGGCAGCCACCGAGCGAGCAUACCUCACUGUGCAGCACUGCAGCACCAGGCUGACAAAUCCUCUCGCAAAAGGCACGCGCUGCCACCUGCGAUGGCUCAUUCCCAUUUGGAGGACUCUUCCCAGGAGAGUGGAAAAGUAAGCCGCAGCAAGAGGAAACAUACCCAUGCAGAAGGAAGUGAAAACGAAACGGAAAUGAAACGUCGCAAGAUGGACAACGAAGGAAUGAAAAAAGAUAAGAAGGUGAAAAAGAAAAAGAGAUCUAAAGAGAAACAUCGGGAAAAGGAUUACAAACUCUGCGAUUUGGAUUUUGCUGCACUAGCCUUUCAUAGUGACAAUCCAAAACAUAAGAAAAAGAAGAAAAAGAAGAAACAUGAAAGGAAAUUGAAAGGGUCCCUAGAACGUUUAGAACUUCACCUCCAGAAGAAGACACGGGAGAAGGAAUCCUACGCUGCGGGAGACUAUUUAUGUGACCAGGACAGAAACCAGGGCAGCAAACAACUCUACAAGGAAGGGAUGCCUUCUGGUGCAGGUGAUAGCAAGAACCACAGCUCUGUCACAGCCAAAGAGUGUGUUAAAGGUGCGGAGCUUACUGAUGGAAGCCUUCAAUACACUAAACUAAACCUACCAUCAAACCCGACCCUAGACUUGACCGACACUGACCAUCAAACCCGACCCUAG